AUGGCUCUUCUUGCUUUCUUCCUCUUCACCAUCCUUGUUUUCUCAAGUUCAUGUUCCUCAGCGACUCGGUUCCAUUAUCCGCACAGGUACAUGCAGAGGAAAGCAAUGCUAGAUUUGGCCAGCAAGAUUGGUAUCAACUAUGGUAGACAAGGAAACAACCUCCCAUCGCCUUACCAAUCAAUCAAUUUCAUCAAAUCCAUCAAAGCCGGUCAUGUCAAGCUUUACGACGCCGAUCCGGAAUCUCUCACACUCCUCUCUCAUACCAAUCUUUACGUCACCAUAACCGUUCCUAACCACCAAAUCAUUUCCCUCGGCUCAAACCAAACCACAGCUGAAGAUUGGGUCAAAACCAAUAUCCUCCCUUAUUAUCCACAAACACAGAUCAGAUUCGUCCUUGUCGGAAACGAGAUCCUCUCCGCUGAAAACAGGAACAUAACUGCGAAUCUUGUACCGGCGAUGCGCAAAAUCGUGACUUCUCUUAGAGCUCAUGGUAUUCACAACAUCAAAGUCGGGACACCUUUAGCCAUGGAUUCUCUCCGGUCUACGUUUCCUCCGUCGAACUCCACUUUCCGGGAAGAUAUCGCCGGAGAAUUGAUGUUGCCGUUGAUGAAGUUUCUUAACGGAACAAACUCUUACUUCUUCAUCAAUCUUCAACCUUACUUCCGCUGGUCAAGAAACCCUAUGAACACCAGUUUAGAUUUCGCUCUGUUCCAAGGAAACUCAACUUAUACCGAUCCUCAUACCGGUUUGGUUUACCAUAAUCUUCUUGACCAAAUGUUGGAUUCGGUUAUCUACGCCAUGACCAAACUCGGUUACCCACACAUCCGCAUCGCAAUCUCAGAAACCGGAUGGCCUAACUUCGGUGACAUCGACGAAACCGGAGCCAACAUUCUCAACGCAGCGACGUAUAACCGGAAUUUAAUCAAGAAGAUGACUGCAAACCCACCAAUCGGUACACCAGCUAGACCCGGUUUACCUAUACCGACAUUUGUUUUCUCAUUGUUCAACGAAAACCAAAAAUCCGGUUCGGGAACACAGAGACAUUGGGGACUCUUGCAUCCCGACGGUACGCCAAUCUACGACAUUGAUUUCACCGGUCAAAAACCCUUAACCGGGUUUAACCCUUUGCCUAAACCGACGAACAACGUUCCGUACAAGGGUCAAGUGUGGUGCGUACCGGUCGAAGGAGCCAACGAGACUGAGCUUGAGGAAGCUUUGAGGCUUGCUUGUGGCCAAAGCAACACGACGUGUGCGGCUUUGGCUCCGGGAAGAGAAUGUUACGAGCCGGUCUCUAUUUAUUGGCACGCAAGCUAUGCGGUUAGCUCAUAUUGGGCUCAGUUCCGUACCCAAGACGUUCGAUGUUACUUCAAUGGAUUGGCUCAUGAGACCACGAUCAACCCUGGAAAUGAUCGUUGCAAGUUUCCGAGCGUUACUCUGUGAGGACUAAGGAAAAUGAAAUGAUCAAGGCUGGAUUAUACUAUUACAAUAGUGUUGUUGUUCAUCAUUAUUAUACCUUUUC